UUUUUUGACUAACCACUGUCGUUUUCUACCCAGAAAGUUAGACUACUAAAAAAACAAUUCAAAAUGGCAAAGGCAGUCGCUGGCAAUUGGACACUUGACAGAAGCGAAAACUAUGACGAUUUCUUAAAAGCAGCAGGAAUGAACUCUAUCAAGAGAGCAAUGGCCGUAAAACUUGGCGGUUCACUAAGCAUUGAGAAUGUUGGUGGGAAACUGAAGGUAAAAUCGGUGAAUGGACCAAAGACAAAGGAAAGAGAAAUGCCAAUUGGAGCUGAUUUCGAUGACGAAGGCCCAGGAGGCGGCUCUGCCCGGGGUCGCUGGGUAGAAGAAGGCGACACAAUGGUUGGGACAUUCAAGACAGAGAAGGGAAAAACUUUCGUUAUGAAGAGAGAAAUUGUUGGCGGCCAGCUUGUACAGACCAUGGACUUUGAUGGCGUAGUUUGCAAACGUUACUUCAACAAGAAAUAGAACCUUACUUGCAACUAAAACAAGAAAAUUACAUCGUCUAAAUUUUAAAGCUAUCUGUAAUGUUUCGGCUACCUAACUUUAAAUUCUCAUAAAUAUCGUUGGAGCUGUCUAAAUUUGGUUAUAUACACGUUUGCCAUAUCCUGUGAGCCACUUGGAAUGUGUUUUUAUUCGAAAUUAAUCUAUUUUAUGGUUGUAAUGUAGCGCACCUAUAAUACAGUCAUCCAAAAUUAAUGUAAAAUAAUGAGUUUCACAGCA